AGCGUUUUUUUCCCCCCUUCUCUCUCUUUUUCUCUCUUUCUCUUUCUCUUUUCCCGGUUCCUUGUCCUAGUUCAUGUUUAUUGGGUAACGGCAAAUAAGUGAAAAAGAGGCGUCUUUCCCUUCGCAUUGAGGUAGGAACGCUGUUUACAUCGAUUUCAUAAUAAAUUGGCCAGUUGCAGCUUGUGUGGAAACCAGGCUAUUCAGUUGAAACCAUCUGCUGGUCAGCCCAACUCUGUCAGGAGACUUGACUGGUGUUUCUCAGCUUGAAGAAGAUCUACAGUCAUUAUUGAUCCCUUUUCUUGGCGUUACCUUUUUGAAGUGAAGUUUACCUAGCUUUCUAGAGUGAGCUUUCCUUUCAGACAUCUCUAACGUUUGAUCCAUAGUAGACAAGCAGUAGUGCAGCAAUGUCCAAGCCAUUCCACCAGUCAUCUCUAAAUAGGGAUUCCCAAGGUCAUGGACGUGACCUUUCUGCAGGAAUAGGCCUUCUUGCUGCUGCUGCUGCUACCCAGUCUUUAAGUGUACCAGCAUCUCUUGGAAGGAUGAACCAGGGUACUGCACGCCUUGCUAGCUUAAUGAAUCUUGGAAUGAGUUCUUCAUUGAAUCAACAAGGAUCUCAUAGUGCCCUGUCUUCUGCUAGUGCAUCUUCCCAUGCGUUACAGUCUCUAUUUAACCUUGGAAAUAGAGGCCCACUCUCUCUGUCCUCUCAGCACCGUGGAGAUGCAGAGCAGGCCACUAACAUUCUGGCCAGCUUUGGUCUGUCUGCUAGAGACUUAGAUGAACUGAGUCGCUAUCCUGAGGACAAGAUCACUCCUGAAAACUUGCCUCAAAUACUUCUGCAACUUAAAAGGAGGAGAGCUGAAGAAGGCCCUUCACUGAGUUAUGGUAGAGAUGGCAGAUCAGCUGCACGGGAGCCACCAUACAGAGUUCCUAGGGAUGAUUGGGAAGAGAAAAGGCAUUUUAGAAGAGAUAGUUUUGACGAUCGUGGUUCUAGUCUCAGCCGAGUGGUUGACUAUGAUCAUGGAAGUCGUUCUCAAGAAUCUGGUUAUUAUGACAGAAUGGAUUACGAAGAUGACAGAUUAAGAGAUGGAGAAAGUGGUAGGGAUGACUCUUAUUAUGGUGAAACUUCGCAUAAGUAUCGUAAAUUUGACAGUGACUAUGACAGAAUGGGUCGUGGUCCUGAGAGAUCUCUCUUUGAGAAAAAAAGAGGUGCUCCUCCAGAUAGCAAUAUUGAAGACUUCCAUGGACUCUUACCGAAAGGCUAUCCCCAUCUGUGCUCUAUCUGUGAUUUGCCUGUUCAUUCUAAUAAGGAGUGGAACCAGCAUAUCAAUGGAGCAACACACAGCCGACGUUGUCAACUUCUCCUUGAAAUAUACCCGGAAUGGAACCCAGAUAGUGAUUCUGGACAUGGACUGGGGGAUCCAUUUAUGUUGCAAUCAACUAAUCCAGCCCCAGGAAUUUUGGGCCCACCACCACCUCCAUUUCAUCUUGGAGGGCCACCAAUUGGGUCAAGAGGGGCUGGAAAUGGAAAUAUGCAAGGACCAAGACACAUGCAGAAGGGCAGAGUGGAAACAAGCAGAGUUGUGCACAUUAUGGACUUCCAGAGAGGGAAAAACCUGAGGUAUCAGCUGCUGCAGCUUGUUGAACCAUUUGGAAUGAUCACAAAUCACCUAAUCUUGAACAAAAUUAAUGAGGCAUUUAUUGAAAUGUCUAAUACUGAAGAUGCACAAGCUGCAGUAGAGUAUUAUUCAGCAACACCAGCCUUAGUGUUUGGCAAACCUGUGAGAGUCCAUUUAUCACAGAAAUAUAAAAGGAUUAAGAAACCAGAAGGGAAACCUGACCAGAAAUUUGAUCCUCCGAAACAAGAGCUUGGUCGUGUGAUCCAUCUCAGUAAUUUGCCACAUUCAGGCUAUUCUGACAGUGCUGUACUUAAACUAGCUGAGCCCUAUGGAAAAAUAAAGAACUACAUUUUGAUGAGAAUGAAGAGUCAGGCUUUCAUAGAAUUGGAUACCAGAGAGGGUGCUGAAGCAAUGAUGGAGUACUGUUCCAACAAGGCUCUCUGGUUCCAGGGGAGAUGUGUGAAAGUAGAUUUGUCUGAAAAAUACAAGAAACUAGUACUAAGGAUUCCCAACAAAGGAGCAGAUUUGACAAAGAAAGAUAAACCAAGAAAGCGAGGUCUUUCUCCAGAUAGCAAAGACUCUGGGAGUGAAAAAAAAUGUAAGACUGAUGACAGUGAGAAAAUGGAAACCAACAGUACUGAAGAUAAAGAUGAGAAGGGAGAUGAAUCAGAGAAGCAAGAUGCAAAAGACAGUGAGCAGGCAGACCAAACAGAGUCUGCCUUACUUGUUGAAUCGGAAGAUGAACUGUUAGUAGAUGAUGAAGAAGCAGCAGCCUUACUAGAGAGUGGCAGCUCAGCAGCAGACGAGACUGAUGUGGCAAACUUAGGUGAUGCGACGACUGAAGAAAAAGAGACAACUGGUGAUGAUACUGCUGCGAAAACUGAAGAUGGUGCUGCAGCAGCAAAAAAACUCAAAAAGAGACACGUAGGUGGAUUUCCAAAGAGCAUGGAAGGUUUUGUUACACUCGAUGAAGUUGGUGAUGAGGAAGAUUCAGAGCAUCAGAAACAACGGAAGUCUGGCAUGAUGAGGUCUGUUGUGAAGACUGAGGACAGUUUAACAGAAGAGAUGGGGCAGGAAAAUGAGGCAUUGGAGAAUGGUGGCAAAACAGAAAACUCUAAUGUGGAGCAGUCUGAAGCAUCUGAGAGCACAGCGACACAAGAAGGAGAGAAAAAAGAAAAUGUCGAUUUAGAAGAAACUAAGACUGCAUGUGAAAAACAUGCUGCCCCUGAUGAAUAUAGCAUUGGACCAUAUCAGCCAAAUGUUCCUGUCGGUGUAAAUUAUGUGGUGCCAAGAACUGGCUUUUACUGCAAAUUGUGUUCUUUGUUCUACACCAAUGAAGAUGCUGCAAGAAAGGUCCACUGCAGCAGCCUUGCACAUUAUCAAAAGUUAAAGAAACACAUGGAAAAAAUGGCUGAUCAGAAACAGAAAAAGGAGACUUAAAUGUUGAGAUGAAAGGCUUGAGAAUUUAAGGAAAAUGGUUUUAUUUUUAAUGUUUCUCAAUACAGUAAAAUUGGAAAAACACUAUAUAGAUUUUAGUAGAAUGAAAAGUAUAAUUCUGUUAUUGUGUUUUAAUGUUAUGGCAAAAUCUGCAUAAUGUUUGUUUUUUUUAAAAGGUGAUAACAGAUUUUGAUGCUUGAAGCUACUGAAGGAUUUUUACAACAUUUUGAAGACCAUACAGAAUUUCAUCAGCAUUUGGUUUUGCAGGCUUCAAGAACAUCUCCCAUCAACUUUUUUUUUUUUUGGUUUAAUAUAAACAGUUAUUAUUUUAUUCCUCUGGAACAUUCCAGUUAAGUCCAGUUGAUGAUAUUUUCAAGGGACUUCCAUAGGUUCAUUUCAAUGUUGAAAACCUUUAUUAGAAUUUGUGUUUUCUUUAAAAGAUGAAAACAUUUUCUUCUAGUAUUCGUGUGUUAGGUAGCGAGUAGAAAAACAUAGCCAAGUUUAACAAAAAAAAUCUUAUGAGUGUUUCCUUAGAGCCUUCAAUUUCUGUCCCGUUCUAGCAGAAAGUACAUGCUUACUCUUCAGAUCAGUAUUAUUUUUCAGUACUUUUGCUUGCAACUUGAAUUUAGUACUUUUCAUACAUCUUCAAUAUAAGCAAAAGCAGCAUUGAAUCAUAAAUUGUAAAUAGUUACCUUUUUUAUGUUUGUAUUUCAAUUCUGAUGCUAGACUUCAUUAGUAAGGCGUCACUGACCUUAGUGGGACUUGUUGCAAAUUAACAUGCUUAAAAUUGGAGCAUACAUCUUCAAACUGAUUUUGUUUUAGGCUUGUGCUCUUGAUGUACCUUCACGUAGCUGAUGUGAAUGAGAGCUUGUGUGUAAAAUUUGUAUUCAUGUAGUUCAUUUUAACAACAUAUAUGUGGGGAUCAGAUAGUUAUGGUGUCAAACAAAUAAACUACCAAAUGAGUCAAGA